UAAUAUGCUGGUGCUUCUUGUUCUGCACAGUAGUCAUCUCAUUAUCAUCCAACCUAGCAUAACAUGGAAAGUGAGACCCUUUAUUAUAAAGCUAAAGGCAGAUAACACAAAAUCUAUUACAAUAGGUGAUGAUCACAGCUCACCUUCCCCCCUCCCCUCUGCAUAGGCCACAGAGCAUAUCAAGAAAACUCUCCCAAGUGGCUGCUGUAAAACAUUCAUCUGAAUGCCGUUAACAGCAGCUCAGGCAAGAUACCUGCCCCUAUAUAUGUACAGAAAAUAGAAUAAAACCUCUGGGACUCUCUAAUCUAAUGUCUAGAACAAGUUUCCUCUGACCCCAUCUAGCCUACUCACGGAAACAGCAUAGCUUGUGGUGCUGUGCUGUUUAUGCAGCUACUAUUAACCUCUAUAGGAGUUAUGUAAAGUGUGUAAAACAGGCCGUUCAGCUGUUUUCCAUUUUCUGACCACCUCCCUCCAAUUCAAGCAGCCAGGGCAGACCCGGGACACUCGCUAUUGAGAUGCACUGCUUGGACUGGCACCUAUCAGUAAUUUUUUGGAAUAUCCUGUAAUUAUGCCAAACAUGUCCAGAUGGAAAUACCCCAUACCCCCUUCUAAGGUUUUUGGAAUUAAGUUUAGUAAAUUAAAUGCAAAUUAAAAGUUAUUUAGGUUUAGUAUCUUCAUCCUGUGUAUUUCUUGGCCAAAAAAAUCCCCUGUAAUAUCGUGUAGAAAACCAAAACCUUGCUGGCACUGAGUCAAAUCAAGAAAAAAGAGGAAAUAGAAAUGUUCAUAUAGUUAGAGCAGCAGAACAAAGUUUGUGAGAUAACUCCCCUUCAGUUGCAGAUAGGACGGUUGUCAGCUUGUAAUCUGAACUUUUGUUCUUUUUCAUAUAAGUCGUUUUCCUGCAUUAAUAAACUACAAGAGAAAGAGAUAUGCUUUCAGAGGGAUACCUGUAUAAAAUCCAGGCUUGGUAUGACAAUGACAUUAGCAUUUUGCCAUGCAAGAUGGAAACUGAACAUCCAAAAGAAGUCGCUGGUGUAUGCACGGUUAAUUAUAUAUCUGCACAUGAGACCCGGAGCAGAAGGAUUUUCAGGAGGAUUGGUUCAUUCAAAAGGCACAACACUCAAGUAACACGUCAAGAGGGUGAAUGCAACAUCCAGGAUAUGACAGAAGGUCUUAUGUAUGAAUGUGAAAAUCCAUGUUCUACAAGUAUAAGUGAAAACUCAAACACAAGUAAAGAAGCCUAUUUGGUUCCAUCUUCGUGUAAACAUAUCUGUAGAGACUAUAAUGACUUGCAUGUAGCUGGAGACCAGGUGAUGGCCAUCCACUCAACUAUGAGCGAUUUCACUUGCGAUAGCAGCUUUGAAUUUUGUGAGGGUCCUUUCUUGCAAUCUUCUGAAAUUCCUUCUAAUAUAGAGUCUUUAGGUGUCCAGGCAAAUAACCUAACCAAAAAAGGAAGUAAACGCCAUUCGUGGAAAGUGUAUAGUGAAAAAGACAAGAGCAUCCUUAACCACGAGCAACCAAUGACUAAUUCUAUUCUCAAUGAGUAUUUGGAAAGAAAGGUUAUUGAGCUCUAUAAGCAGUACAUGAUGGACAUAAGCUGCAGUGCUUCUACAAACCAUAUCAUGACCUCAGAGCUUAUCAUGAACAACAUCCAGCAGAUAAGCAUGCAGUUGUCACGAGAACAAAACAUGGAAACUAACAAGGCCAAAGACAUGGUCAUCAGUUAUUUGCUAAGGCUUGCAAGUGAAAAACAGUCUAAUGUUAUUAGUACCCCAGAUCUUAAGAUCUCUUCUAAUCUUGUUUAAGAAGACAAAUACCUUGAAGAGAAUGUAUUAUAGACUGGAAUUUUAUAUUGCUAAAGUAGAAAUACAUUGGAAUAAAAUGCCGCAAAAUAAUUAAGAGGAGCCAGCUUCUAUAUUUGGUUCAUCUAUGACUAUCUUUGUCAAAUAAUUUACUGUAGUAGAUUUCUGCUAUAAGUCAUGCCAGUAUCCUGGAGUCAGUUAUAGUAAAUGUGUUAAAAUGAUGCUUGUGCAAAAAAUUGUGACUUUUCUAUGUAAAAACAAACAAACGGUGUAUAGGGUUUAAUAAACUUCUCCAAUAGUAUUAGUACAACAAUUAUAUGGGUUACCUGCCACUAUAACCGUAGGGAUACAAAGGAUAGAGCAUAAGAUGUCUGAUCAUGGGGGUCAGGCUUCUGGUUGCCGCCGCGAUCACCUUGUAUGCACCUGGCAUUUUGAACAUAAGUAAGCCAAAAAGCUAAGUUCAGGCGGAUGUGGUCGUGAUGUCAUGCCACGCCCCCCUCAUGACAUCAUGCCACACCCCCUAUAUUAAUGUCUAUGGGAAGGGGUGUGAUGAUAGUAGUAGCAGUAGUAGUAGCAUCCCCCUUUAGGUAGUAGUAGUGGCACUCCCCUUUUUGGUGGUAGUGGCAACCCCAUUUAGGUAAUAGUAGUAGCAGAGGCAACCCCCUUUAGAAAAAAAAAAAAAAGCAGGAGUGCCGCGUUCGCCAUGUAGGGAUAGGUAGUAGACAAAUUCUAGUGUUUAAAAACAAAAAUAUUUUUGGGGAGUGGAUAGGGACCUGAGCUGCAGCCAUAAAUGCCUAAUAAACUGAUGUUAACAGGACUUCUGUUAACAUCAGUACAGUGGUCCCUCAACAUACGAUGGUAAUUCGU